UCACCUCGGUGACUUUUACGCGGACGCGCGCCGAUAGCGCAGCAUCAGAAAAGACGCACGGAAAGCUCACCUUAAAACAACAAAAAACUAAAAAUUAAACUAAUCCGCAGGGAUACAAUGUGAUCUGACUGCCUCAUAGAGUGACCCCCCAGGAAGCUGUUAAAGGGAACACAAGAGCGCUGAGUCAACGAAUCACAGGGAGAAGGAUGCAACAGCUGAUGUGCGCAUGAAGUUUUCUGGUAUUUGGAGACGGUCUGCGCACGCGGAGGAUGGUGUCUUUGGAGGAUUUGUUGCUUUAAAGGAAAUAAAUCAAGACCCAAUCAGUGAGUUAAAAGCGAGCCCAAAAGGGAAUUCUGCCCUAUUUUUAAAGCAGUGGGACUUAAUGUCGUCGCGUCAAACCCAAAAUGGACAUUUAGACAGAAAUGCAUUCGCUUCAUGCGCUGCUGGAAUGGGGACUGGAGCUGAAGUGAGGGUUUGAGUGAACAGGAGUGCAGUCUGCACCAGCAUGCAUCGGGUUCUGCAGAGGAAGCGAGUGCGCAGGCUGCGGGUCGUCUGGGCUUUCCUGGCGCUGGUGGCGCUGACUCUGGCCGCGUGCAGCGCGCUCUUCACGGCGUGGACUUGGCGGCAGACGCGGGACCUGUCUCAGUCCUUUAAAACCCUGCAGGAGCGGCUGGAGCAGGUGAACACACAGAGGAAGGCUAUUGUUCAGCUCAUCCUGGAGAAGAGAGAGUUGCUGGUGGGGCAGCGAGUGAAGAGAGAUGGGGCGAUGUUGCGAGGAAGGAAUGGAAAUGGAAAGAAAGCGGCGUCUCAUUUUGAGAUAACCAAAGUUUCCUCUCAGCAAGUGGGACAGGGAGGUGUGAUAAAGGGUUGGGAGGAGAGGACGUUGAAUAUGAGCAAAGCGGUGAGGUACAACAAGGAGCACGGCACCUUCACUGUGGAAAAAGCAGGAGUCUACUUUUUGUUCUGCCAGGUGCUGUUCAAUGAGCAGGAGUCUCAGUACGUGAAGCUGGACAUCAUCACCGGGGGCCCGAGGCCUCAGAAGCUGCAGUGCAUGGAGGGCUACGGGACGACCCCCGCCGCUGGGCCGCACCCUUCCCACUUCCUGAAGCCCUGCCAGGUGUCCGGCCUCCUGCGUCUGGACAAAGGCACCGAGUUGCACGCCAUCACGGGCCCGUCCUUCAGACUUCACAAUGUGGGCGCUCCCUCGGCAUCCCCUCAUGUCUUCAGCAUUUUUAAAGUCAACUGAAGAUCAGCUGAGACUCACAGGCGCUGAUCCACUUCGAGGUUAGCACUUUUGGAGACUUAUUUUGAAGAGUCCAGAAUUCACCUUUUUUUUUUUUUUUUUUUUUUUUUUUUUAACAAAUGAGGGUUUUGUUUUGUUUUUUCCCCUGAAGAGUAAAACAGUCACACCAUGUGGCAGCUUCUUUCCACAGACGGCAGCGAUGCUGAUUUGAAAGACAAACCUGAGAUUUGUGGAUGCUGUUGUGGAAUCGUGCUCUGGACAGCUGUGCUGCUCCGGAAUGCAACAAACACUCUGGAUGGAAGCCAAAGCCAAAAGCGGAUAAAAAGCCUUGAUGAACGUUUGCCCAAACUGAGAGAACAGAUGUGAGGGAAGCUACAGGGCUUCAUGAUGGAAGAAAGAGAAUUGGAUACUCCUCAUAGCCUUCCUGUCAUUUAACAAACUGUGCUUUUGUAUUUUAUUUUUUCAGUAAGUGACUGAGGUUAAAGCUGUGCAUGCACCUUCCACUUUUAUAUCAGCAGUGCCUCCAGACUCAUCAGAUCAUGGCACUAUAAACAGCCUAACAGUGUAUGCCCUAUUUUAUGUAAAAUAUGUGAUAUUUUACAUUUUAAACCAGGAGUUAGUCCAAAACAAACAAAAAAAAAGAACAAAAAAACACACACACACAAAUGUGAAUUUGUGCCAUUUUCUAAGACUGAGUUUUAUUUUGAUGAAUGACGCCCCUUGUACAGGCGACUUGGCUUUACUUUUGAAAAGUAGGUGCAAGUAAUGGUCAAUAAAGCGUAGCGCUUUGAAGACA